UUAGCGCGCUGAAGUGACAUAAUGGAAUUUUUAGGGUUAGGAAGCAAGCAAGCAGAGGGUUGGGUGUGUGCAUAGCAGUCGUUCCAUUGGGAAAAAGCGCUGGACGCGGGCGAGAAGAGCAGGAAAAGCUAAGCCACUACUAUUGUUUUAGCCUCAGGCAUAAAAGGUAGGCUAAAGGGGGACAGUCGAUUAACUCGAUCAGAGUUUGAAGAGAGGAAAAAAUACAGGAAAUUAACCUGAACUGUGUUUUAUUGCCAGAGUUUAACUGUUGAAUCGUCUUAGUUUAUGCGUGAAGCUCAACAGACCCUCAUGUGAAGGGUUAUAAUGGAAAUAACCCUCUACCCUGGUAGUGUGCUGAAUACUCGAGGGAUCGCAAGCCUCUAUUCCUACAACAGCAUGAUGAAAAAAGACAUGAGUCUAAACCUGGACGACCAAAGCUCCAAUCUGAAACAGAAUCUCCGGGACGCAGACGGAAUUCUGAACUCUUCGGACUUGGGACUCUUGAAAUUGGCCACCCCGGACCUAGAACGGUUGAUUAUCCAAUCGAAUGGAAUGGUUACGACGACCCCAACCUCUCAGUUCCUCUACCCGAAGUCAGCCAGCGACGAACAAGAAUUCGCGGAAGGCUUCGUGAAGGCGCUGGAGGAUCUUCACAAGCAGAACCAACUGAGCGAGGGGACGUGCGCACCUCCGGAGAGACUGGACCUAAUCGGCUCCAACGCAGCCCCGGUCGGCUUGCCGUCAGAUCUGCCAGUGUACACGACUUUGAACGACUAUGGAAAUAGCCCACUGGGCACCACAGUGAAUUAUUCCACGGAUACCAUUCCAUUCCCACCGCCACCUUCUAAUCUGAUGAGCGCCCAUCAACAGGCGGCUGCGGCAGCGCUGUCACGACUACAGAUGUUCAAGGACGAGCCGCAGACGGUCCCCGACAUGCAGUGCUUUGUAGACAGCCCGCCGUUGUCUCCCAUUGACAUGGACAACCAGGAGCGCAUCAAAGCAGAGAGGAAAAAGCUGCGCAACAGAAUAGCGGCGUCCAAGUGCCGCAAAAGAAAGCUGGAGAGAAUAUCGCGUCUUGAAGACAAGGUCAAAAACUUGAAGACUCAGAACACUGAACUGGCCUCCACAGCCAGUGUGCUCAGAGAGCAGGUGGCCCAGUUGAAACAAAAGGUUAUGAACCAUGUCAGUAAUGGAUGUCAGCUUAUGCCAAAGCAAGUACAAGUUUACUAGAGGAUUGUUUAGGCCUUUUGAGGCAACCAACAUUAUGGGGUUAGUUAUCCUCUGAGGAUAUUGACUAACUGAAACACAGUAGGCUAUUUGCCUUUUCUCAUAUAAUAGAAUACACAUUCAUACCUGAAAAUCCAUUAGAACUGGAACACUAUGGUUAUCUUAAAAAUGUUGGCUAUAAGCCCGUUUUGUAGCAAACAGACCAUUUUUGCUGCCCUCUGUCGGGCAACAUGCAUAUCAGCUCUCCAAUGGACAAAUUCAAUACAUAGCCUACCUACAAGGAUAGCAUUAUCUGCAUGUAAACUGGACAAUCUCAAUGAGUGUAACUAAACACCAGGAUGUCAUUGAGUGCCUGUCAUCCACUGUGUAAUAUAUGCCUUACUUGUUUACAAGCACUUACCAAUGACAAAUUUAUAUUUUAUUUACCAAAACGUCUUAUUUUGCAAAUAUGAAUUGUGCAUGUCUUGUAAGCUCGUGUACAGUAAUUCUGUUGAUUCUGUUGUGCAGUUCUGUGUUGUCACCAUGAAUGUAGCCUUCAUUGUUGUUGGCCCCAUGUAGCCAUUUUUAAUGGGAUUUUAUCUCUCAAAGAUGUUUAUUAAAUUCACUGAAUUAUUUAAUCUGUCAAGUCUUAUUGUGGGCUGACUGCCCUAUCACACACUGUGCCAACUAUUAUUAGGGCCUCUCCCAGAGACAUUAGUAUAGGUGCAUAUGUCCACCCCCUCUAUUAUCCUGUUGUAUUACAUUAGUACAAUACAGGUCACCAGAAUGAAAAGGGGAAAAAAAUAAUGCUUGAACUGAACUUCAUCCCUAAAUGCAUUUGAUGUACUGGGAGCUCUACACUUAUGCCACCUAGUGGCUCGAUGAGGGUGAUAAUUCUAUCAUUUUGGACUAAGGGACAUCGAAAGCUAAAAUGUGGAGUUGCCUCAGAUUCAAAUAAAUGUUAACUAAGUUUAUACAAAUACUGCUUUUAUAUUUUGUUUAUUAAUUCCUUGGUUUUAGCAAACCUGGAGUUACAGUAUUACAGCACAAUUCAAGACUAAAACCCAACAAAAAAAUGCUUAUUUACAAGAUGAAGGAAGGGAGGAGAGCUAAGAAAGCUGAAUUGGACACAUACCUAAGUCAGAGGCAAGUUUACAGCAAAACACAAAAUCAACAAAGAAAACUAAAGUUGUUUAAUAGGAAGUGAUUAGGGGCGCAGGUUGCCGAGUGGCUAGAGCGUUGGGCGUGUAACCAAAUCCCGAGCUGGGCUAGUAAUCAAAUCCCCGAGCUGACAAGGUAAAAAUCUGUCGUUCUGCCCCUGAAAAAGGCAGUUAACCCACUUUUCCCCAGUAGGCCAUCGUUGUAAAUAAUAUUUUUUCUUAACUGACUUGCUAAGUUAAAUAAAAAAGUACCGAUUAUACUUCUCCCUUAUUGGAAACUGCCACAGGGAGUAGGCAUACAUACCAAAUGCUUCUCUUGUACUACAGGCCUUUUACUCAGUGCAGCUCCAAAAACAUGUCAAACAAGUCUUGUCCUAGUGGGUGUCAUUUUUGGCUUGGUAGUCUAAUUGGGACGUCUUUGGAAAAAACAUGAAAGCAAAGCUGCCUUAAGACUAAACACAAACAGUAUUUGUAACAGACAUGACCUUUAGCAGGUUUGUUGGCAGUUAAUAUUGGAGAACCAGGCUGGCCAAUGACACAGUAUUUCUCUGAGAGUAAUACAGUAUUCACACUGGUACUACACCCACCCUAAAAGGUUCAGUUGGCUUAGAAACAUGGAAAAUGGAAGUAAAAGCAGUUCCUUGAAACAGCUUGUACAUAAUCAGGAGAACAUACAGUGGAAUGUAAGUGUUUUCGGGCAGGAGUAUGUCAACCCAAUUCAACCCCCCCCCCCCCACACAAUACUGAUAAGUAUUUUUUCCAACCGUGAUAGAGCGCAUCUAAAAAAAUAAGACAUAAUACUGUGUGUAAAUAUAGAUGGUCGUGACAUAACUGACCAAAUACCUUAAUGUGCCUGAGUGCAUUUCAUUGACUACGUUAUCCUCAUGUAUAUACCAACAAGCAAUUAUCUCUACACUGAAACAGACCAAAAUCACACAAACAUGACAUUGAACAUGCAAAAAAAAAAAAAAAAAAA